GGUGUAACGAACUUGCUCACAAGGUUCAUUAACUCUCUUUCACCCCACCCCCGGCAUGUCAAACUCAAUUCAACCGUUUUUAAAGCUUAACUAUACAACCAUACUCACUACUUGAACCACUUGAACCUUUUAUUGGCGGGAAUUGUCUUUUUAUGUAUAUGAUAUAGUUUGAACCAGAUAACUUGAUUCAACAAGCUACAGCAAAGGGCCCAUUCUUACAUUUUAGCGUACGACCGAUAGAAUAUAUCAAGCAAACCUUGCUUCAGGUACACGACGAACAAUCUAGAUUUGGAUGUCACAAAGCCGAUGCGCCACAAACCGUCGUUUUGGAUUAUAGCUCGCCUAAUAUCGCCAAACCGUUUCAUGCGGGCCAUCUGCGAAGCACGAUCCUCGGCAACUUUGUGAAACGUAUCCAUCAAGCAAUGGGUUACAAUGUCGUCGGUAUCAAUUACCUCGGCGACUGGGGCAAACAAUAUGGUAACAAAUUCAGUUAGUUUCUCUCUGGAAAUAAAAGGACAAAAAAGAAAAGGAGAACCGGCAAUUAAGCUGCGCAAAACAGGACUGCUGGCAGUUGGAUUUGAAAAAUAUGGCAAUGAAGCACUAUUGGAGAAGGAUCCUAUCCACCAUUUGUACGACGUCUACGUAAAAAUCAACAAGGAGCUCACCGAGGAUUUGGACCGACAAGCCAAUGCAUAUUUCAAGCGCAUGGAAGAGGGGGAUACCGCUGCCUUGGAGCAAUGGAAAAGGUUCCGGGAACUCAGCAUCAGUAGCUACAAGUCGAUCUACAAGCGCCUAGGCAUCGAGUUCGAACGGUAUUCGGGUGAAUCAGAGACCGAGCCGUUCAUCCAGUCUGUGUACGAUAUCCUGCAAUCCAAGAACCUUAUCAGCAAAACAGCAGCAGACGACGGUGCGUGGACUGUAGACUUGUCCGCAUACGGUCUGGGCGCGCCCAUUGUCCGCAGAGCGGACGGCACAAGCUUGUACCUCACACGCGACCUUUCCAACUUGAUCUUGCGGCAAUCACCACAAAAAUCCAUGUACAUUGUUGGCACUGAACAGUCUCUGUAUUUGCAGCAGAUGUUCAAGAUUGCCGAGCUGGCUUCCUUGGCAAGCAACUUGCAUCACGUUGGUUUUGGACGCGUGCAGGGCAUGUCGACACGGAAAGGAACUGUGGUGUUCUUGCAAGAUAUCCUCGAUACAGCGCAGGAACAGAUGCUCAAGAACCUCAAGGAGAAUCCCGUUAAAUAUCAAGAGUUGAUGGCUAUGGGUAUCCAGAAAGACGGUCGGCGGUUGGUCGGCCAACAGGCUGUCGAGGAGGUCGCCGACCAGCUGGGAACCUCGGCUGUGAUUGUUCAGGACCUGAUUGCCAAGCGAGUCAAAAACUACACAUUUUCAUAUGAACGAAUGACGGCUGCACGUGGAUAUACUGGCGUUUACUUGCAAUACACACAUGCUCGCAUGUGCGCCAUUGAGCGCAAAGCAAACACAAAGAUCACCACCGACUGCGACUUUGAUUUGUUGAAGGAAAAUGAGGCCUUCGAGUUGGCACUAACGGUAUCCCAGUUCCCAGACAUUGUCAGAUCCGCCUAUCAGUCCAUGGAGCCGUGCGUCGUUGUACACUAUCUUUUCAGACUGGCGCAUGUUAUAGGACAAGCAAACUCGACUCUGCGGAUCAAGGAUGCGGAUCCAGAGCUAGCAGAAGCACGGAUGCUUCUGUUCUCGUCAGCAAGGACAACAUUGGCAAAUGGUCUAAAACUUAUUGGCAUCGACCCCCUUGAACGCAUAUAGACAAAUUGGCCGUUUCACAGCAUUAUUUACUUUGUAUAAAAUCUCUUGAUGAUAAUAGAAAUAAUUCUUGAAAGAAAUGCGCUCUUUAUGCUAUUGAAGGAGGAGGAGGAGGAGGAGGAGGGAGGGUAUAUCAUCCUGUUGCUGUUCUUUUUUGCAUUACACGCUCACGCUCGUCACGUUUCCGUUUAAGCUUACACUU